AUGAAGCUUCGACGCGAGUUUGCCGGAAUAACAAUAUGGCCGCCUUUCAUGACGUAUCAUGACACGCUCUCGCACACAGUUACCGAGGAAGAAGUUCCAAUCAUUGAUACGCUAGUAGAUAAUCAAGCAAGUUGUAGUACUAGUAAAAAACCUUUUUUGGAUUUAUCUGAUAAUCAAAAGAAAAGGCGUUCUCUCACACUUCUAGAUUACACUGAGGAGGAACUUCUUUAUGCUUUAUGUUUUAAAUUAAAAGAAUCCAACAAAGCAAUAUUAGCAUCUAUAAUAAAAGAACUUAGUCAAAAUGAAGAAAAAUGUGAAAUCGUAAGUGACGUUUUAUUCACUGUAAAAACUGUGAAAACUGUGAAACCGUGUUUACCUGAUAAUAAGGCGUUGGCGCUUGUCACUUCAUUAAAUCUGUCAAAAUGGCAAUAUCUUAAUUUGAGAUCUAUUCUUGCUUCAGAUAAUAUUUUUGGUCUUCCGUCCUAUCACAAGCUUCUGGACGCUAAAAAAAGAUUUUAUCCUCCCGAGACAGACAUUAUUGUAACUGAAUCUGAAGGUAUCAAACAGUCACAUACAGAUAAUGUUGAAGCUACUGUUAACAAACAGACCUAUAGUACCAUAAAUUGA